AUUCAGCUUCGGAUGAGACACAGACUUGGCAACAUUCUUAUUUAUUUGAACUUUGUCAAAGAUCUUGACUCAUUUUCCUAGUCAAACAUUUGUUACAAAUUAUUACAAAUUAUAAUAUAUGAUGGGAGGGAUGCCAUGAACUAGAAGAAAAGCUGCUGAAGACAACAGCAUGGAAAUGGAAAGAUUGUUUAUGGUUAUUCACCCGCUUAUCACUGGUAAAUAAACCAUGCAUUCAAGGACUAAUAUGGACCUUAUAUACUAAAGGACAAUUUCGCAAUGACAUCUUCUCGGUUUACCGUCAUUUUUUCUAAAUAUAUUAUUACUACUACGCGUACGCCACGGACGAACCACUUUCGCUUCAAAUGGGGACAGCCUCAGCAGUGUCACUUCCUAAGUACUGGAGAUAAUCUUUGGAACAGAAGAACGUCGUCGGAAACUGUUGGACUUGGACAAUGGUCUCAAAAAAGUAAACCGAGACAACGAAGGGGCGUUGGCAGGAAUGUCUCCGAAGAAAACAAUCGACUCACGGAGGUUAUUACAAUUUACGAAAAGUUGACAAAAUCUCGUGACCGUGAGGAGGAAGUCAGAAGUGGCGAUGAUGAAAAUUCAAGCGAAGACGUGUUUCGACCAUCUUCCAGUUACUUUGAUUACUUGGGUAAAGCCGAGGAUGAGGAAUCUGGGGGAGCAGGAGGGGGCAUUAAUUCUAUUCUUCAAAGAAUACGGUCUUCCCCCAUUGCUGAACCAGGAAAAUUUGCACCAAGCUCAAACAAUAGCGAAAGCCAGAGUCCGAAAGUUUUAGACUUUUCCAAGUUUCGCAAUAUUUUAGGAAAAAAUUAUGCUUAUUUUUCUGCAAAAACAGGACUUUUACAAAGCCAUACUUUAGAAUCUUUGGUUUGGGAUGGAUCCUUAGCAGGGGAACAAGGGACAAAUAAUACAGCCACUACGAUCCCCCUCAAGUCACACGAUCUUAUUCUAAACACAAAGCAAUUUUGCUUGAGCAUUAUAAAUCCGACCGCAAAAGACUUGGCCUUUCUAGGUAGUCAACUUCAUGUCCAUGACCUCACACUUCGAGAUAUCCGCAAGGAAAAUACCGAAGAAAAGGUUGAAGUAUUUAAGCAUUACACAUUCCUUUCCCUAAGACCAUACUUGGAUAGCAAAUCAGAGAGUAGCACGCCUACAGAUUUCACUCAGUCGACAAUCGACAAGAACAUGCAACCUCUUCUUACUCGAAGCAGGGAUAUCGACUUGAACAUUCUACUAUUUCCCGAUUUUGUUAUAAUUGUCCACCAAGGUCAUCAUUGGAGUGGGUUUAAGGACAUGUUGGGUUUUCUCAAUUUGCUUUGUUCGUAUGGGAACUCGUCUCUCACUCCAGAUUGGAUUCUUUUUUCAAUUUUUAUUGAGCUAAAUCAAGAUGCUAAAUAUUGUGUAAAGUCACUUGAACCUAAAAUUCUCAACUUAAAAGUUGCCGAUUCUAUCAUGGAAAAUGGGGGUGAAAAUCUCGACAAGGAUGCCCUUGCGACUGAGUUAUCCAACGUCCUAACUAAAAACUUUGAGAAUGAAUUUGAAAUCUAUAAAAUUAACGGAUUCAUAAAACCCAAAAUCAAGGUUCUGAAAUUGCUUCGUCCCAAAUGUGGAAAUCGAAUAGGAUCUGGGGUUCUAAACCUGCUGUCUGGGACUAGAAAAGAGUUUGAAGAGCUUGGGGAGGCUUUGGACCACUUUUCUCAUAUCCUGGAAAGAUCACAAGACACUUGUCUAACUAUGGCGAAUGUACGUCAAAGUCAAGAAUCUAAUCAGAUGGGGAAAGCAAUGAAAAGAAUCUCUGAGGUCGCCCUUCUUUUCCUUCCACUGCAGGCGCUGGCAGGAUUUUUGGGGAUGAAUGUGCGUGUCCCCUUCCAGCAAGUAGACUCGACUGCCCCUUUCUGGGGGAUUAUCCUGAGCUGCAGCGUUUUACUCGUGGGAUUGUACCGAGUAAGCAAAUCUGCAUCAAAAGUCCGAGUGGUUAAGAAGGCAACCUCAGUAGGAUUUAAAAAGUAAGAGUCAGCAAGGGAAGUGAUAAGUCAACUUAAUUAAGCUAAACUUUUUAAAAUCUAACGUAAGUAAACCUAUUCUACACAAGCCCGUUCGUUUUUCAUUUUUCUGAUCACCAACCGCAUUAUUUACAACUUUUAUGCUGCCUCAAAAUGUUAAUAAAGGUAUUUCGUAUAAGAAAUCAUACAUAUUAACUUAAAUAAAUCGAUAAUGUUCAUAGA